AAUUGUCAAACUGUUUCAAAAUGGUGUAUUGUGAACUGUGUUUUGCUUGAUUUAUAAAAAUUAAAUGAAAUUUCUCAGUUAUACUGUGUUUGUUUAGUAAAACGCGAAUAAGUAAACUUCAAAACGAUGACUACCUUAAUAGAUAAAAUAGAGAUGCUAAUCAAAAGGGAAAAGACAACACCGGAGCGGAAAAAAGAGGAAACCACAAAGUCCUCAAGUGAGAUACUAUCAGAACUUUUCAGCGCUUUCAACGCUGACCCACCGAAGAUCGAGGAUAUAUCUUACAAGAAAUCCAAAAAAAGCAAGAAGAAACACAAGAAAGAAAAGAAGAAACGCAGUCGCAGCUCUAGUUCCAGCAGUGACUCUGAGAGUAGUGAGUAUUCUCAUAAACGCAAGAAAAGGAAAAAGAGCAAAUCGAAAAAGCGCAAAGAAGUCCGCUCACCGUCUCCGCGCCGGUCGCUCACACCUUUAUUAGUCAAAGUUGAACCAGAAAAAAAGAUUAAAAAAGAAAACAUUAAAAUAGAACACCAUACACCAGAAAAACAAGAUGUGCAAAUAAAAAGAGAGAAAGAAAAUAAAGAAAGUAAGUGUUCUGUUAAGACUGAAGAUAUAUCCACUCCUAAGAGAGACUUAAGUGACUCGGUUAGUAAUAUUGAUGCAAGCUCAAUACCUAUGCCAGAAUCUCCAAAAGCAAAUAAACUAGAUUGUAACGAUUUGCGUCUCAAGCUUGAUAAAAAGUUAGACGCCACAGCUGAGAGUGAUAAAGCGAAGAGUAAAAUACAAAUAAAGAACUUGAAGUUUAGUGCAGUGUUCGAGGAGACAGUGAAAAAAGCUGAAGAAGAAGCCAGAAAGAAGGCUGAAAAGGAGGAAGAAGGGGAACUAACUGACUCAUCCAGCAGCAGUGUAAAGGAGGAUGUAUCAAACUUGCAUUUCCCAAAAUCUGCAGAUCCAGGAGGAAUACUGAAGAAACAAGCUGCUGAAGAAACUAGAGUGGUUGAAGAAAAAACUUCAUCUAGCAAACAUAAAUCUUCAGAAAGCACCCACAAAUCUUCACGUAGAGAUAGAAGUAGAUCUAGAAAGAGAUCACGCAGUAAGUCACGUCGUUCAAGAUCAGGUUCAGCUUCAAAGAAAAGCAGGCACUCCAAAUCAAGCAAAUCUAGGCACAGAAGUCGUUCAAAAUCUAGGAGCUCAAGAUCUAGACGCAGGACUCCUUCUAGAGUGCGACAUAGAUCUCCUCCUAAGUUGGCACAUAGAAGUAGAGUGUCUCCAAGGCAUAGAGGACGAAGAUCUAGAUCUCCAACUGGUGUGAAACUUGCUGACAGUGAAAAGAAGCGUCUGCUAGAAGUAGCGCGGCGCAAUGCCAUCAACAUGCUCAAAAACGGCGCAGUCCCCGCCGGAGCGGCUGCCUUGCCUCCGCACACUAGGAACCAGGUCAUGGCUGCCAUACAGUCUGGAGGUAAAUCAGUGGACGAACUGACAGACUUCUGUAAGCAUCUGUCAAAGAAGGAGGCCCUCGGAGAGCUGUCAUCAGUUUCCUCCAAUGAUGAGGACAUGAGUGAGAAUGAGGACACCAUCGCCUUCCACCAUCCCUUCCUCGUUAAAGAGAAGGCGCCUAUUGUUAUGAAUAUACGGGGUGGAGCCCCAUUACCAAUAAAGUCGACUACGCUGCCCAUUGCCAACAAGGAAGAGCUCCGGCUACAGUUCCCCGUGUCCUCGGGCUCGCAACACAGAGAGAAGGCAUCGGAAUGGGUGCCUGUCUCACCUAAAAAGGAUAACAUGCAAGUCGCUAAGAUUAAUACAAAAUCGUCAGAUAAACCAAGUUCGUCUACAGAGAAAACAAGUCCGGAGCCUCUGGCCUUACCGCCACCGCCGACGACUGCACCAGCUUAUAUGAAGAGUUUCACUACAGGGAGUCAAUUAGCGUCAGUUCCUGCAUUGCCCGCACCGGGACCGCAGGCAUAUCCUCCGGGUAUUGACAAUCAAAAACUGCAAGACGUGGCGGCGCUGGUGACACAAAAGCUGUCGCUCAUUCGUAAGGAACAGGAACAAAUCGAAAUGUCCAGUAUGACAGGUUUCGGUUGGUCGGCCAAGUUGUCGAACCUGGGACAAUUCACGGGCUCCACGGGCGCGAACAUCCUUACUCCGCGCGAGCUGGCCAGCGGCACGCAAGCGUGGGCCAAGAAGGAUCAGUUGGUACGCGCAGCGCCGGUUGAGGGCGGUAUGGGAAUGCAUCUGCUCCAGAAAAUGGGCUGGACUCCGGGCCAGGGUUUGGGCAAAGAAGGAACUGGAACCCUUCAGCCUUUGCUGUUAGAGGUCAAGUUGGAUACUAGAGGUCUGACAUCGAAAGAAGAGGUCAGUACGAGGCAUGGAAGAUCUGCAAAACCACAGCGAGGUAUAAGGCGAGGAGGGGGAGGUGGCUCUGCGCCCCUGGUGGCGGGGGGUAAACACCCCGUGUCUUUGUUGGGGGAGUAUUGUUCCAAACAGAAGCUGGGACCUCCGGAGUACAGUCUGUGCUUCGAGUGCGGUCCUGACCAUAAGAAGAACUUCCUGUUUAAGGUGAAAGUUGCCGGUGUAGAAUACCAGCCGGCCGUCGCGAGCGCGAACAAGAAGCAAGCAAAGGCAGACUCGGCUCAACUCGCUCUGCAGAAACUGGGCAUUGUGAUUUAGUUUACUACUAGUUUUAUUUAGAUGUACACUUAUGUAUAAUGUUUGUAAUGUAAUAAAUAUUAUAUAAAUUGAAAA